AACGUUUUACGUAACGGGCGGGAGAGGGCGCGCCGGUAUCCAUUUGUUGUACUGCUGUUCGCCAUAACUGGUUGGUGGUCUGGCUGGCACCUGUCAGAGGUAAAGUGGAGAGUGGUUUCCUUGUUCGGGACGGUGCAUUUCUGCUCCACUUGGAUCAGAAAUAGUGUAAACAUGACCGUGGGCCCUGGCACUUAUGCACAUCGUUAUGUCCCUAAAAGAAAUGUACUCAAGAAUGGCCCUCAAACAAAUAGCUCCAAUGGUGGAAGCUCGUCAAACUCAACAAGUUCAAGUUCAAGCUCUAGCUCUUCAGGACACCCAUACAAACGUUCACAGCCAGGACCCUCUACUGCAUCUGAUCCACCAGGAAAUGUUGGACCCAGUGGCUUCUAUUUGAUUCAACAGAUAGUUCCACUUCCACUCGUUCCCGCUCGACGACCACAUGUAGUUGUACAGGGAGCCCAAAACCCUGGUGCCUUAGGUCCCCCAAAUCCAAGGGCAGAAAAAAGACGCUUCAUACAGCAACAUCUGGUGCUUAUCCUUCAUGCUUUCCAGUGUCGUCGUAAGCAGCUUCAUGAAUUUUGUCAGCUUCCACACUGUGCUACAUUCAGAGAAGUGUUGGGACAUAUGAGCACCUGUCAGCAUGAAAUUGCUUGUCAUUUUCCACACUGUACAUCAUCAAAGCAAAUUUAUCGUCAUUGGAAGACAUGCCACAGAGCUGACUGUUCCAUUUGUGUUCCUAUUCGACUGGCAGAUCGUUUGGAGCGGAACCAUUACUAGGUCUCCAACCUGUUCAGUUUAUGUUAUAGGAAGUUGAAUGGUGGUAUAUUUGCCACCUUUUAUUUGUGUUCAUAUGAAACUUAGUCAGGAGUAUUUCUACAGCACUUAUUUGCUUGGCUAAUUGGUAAAUCUAGUCUAAUAAGAUAGAUCCAUCGUAUCAUCUAUUUGGCUUUGUUAUAUUGAAUGCGUACUUUCAAUAGCCCAAAAGAUAACUACUUAACUUUCUUCUGCCUAGAAGACAAUGUUAAAUCUAACUUAAAGGAAUUAAUUUCUGUUUUUUAGUGGUUUUUUAAAACUUUUGUUCAAUUGCUGACAUACUGCCAGCUUCCUGAUCCUGCAUUUUUCUGCUGUUUGUAGCAGUUCUUUGACAUGCAGUUGAGUUUUUGGUAUUUUUUUGUUUGUCUGCAGAAUUUGAAGUUUGUUCCUGCAUAGCAGUUUCAUGAUUACUUAUGUUGCACUGUUAAACUCCUGUUCUCCAAAUGCAAUGGAAGUGAUUUGGUUGAUGUACCCUAAGCACCUUCGUUUUCUGGUAAGGUUAGCAUUGCAUGUGAUCUUGUUUCGUUUUCAAGAUAAAAGUGCACACGAACUUGUGUUUUUACGGAGGGGGGCUAAUUUACGAUUUGGUUGGAGAAUUUCUUUCUUUGGCCUUAUUUAAACAAAUGGCUUUAGGAAUUUUAUUGUAUGUCAAGUUAUCUGAAGUGUUGGUUGUAGUAUGAAUUGAUAUAGGUUAUUUAGUUAAUGAUACCUUGAAAUGUACUUUCUUGGUGCAAACCCUGGAUACUUGGGUUGAUGACACUGUUUAAUUCCUUAGGGUUUGGACACUUUAUGACAGACUGAUACCUGGCGCCUGGCUUUCACCCAAAUUUGACACUGUAUCUGUGGAUUAGGUGAAUACUGUACUUUUCAAUCUUAACAUUCAAGACUAUGUUUCUCAUUUAAUAAAAAUAUUUUAUUCAGAUUUAUAUAACAGGAGCAACCAUUAUUAUGCCUUAAUGCUUGUCCAUGAUAGCAAAUUUUCCUACCCAAUGCUGGCUGGGUUGUAGUAUUGUAUGUUUGUACCAAUCUAUGUUCAAAUUAGUUUCAUUAUAAUUGCUGGAUGUUUCUGUAUCCUAUUGAUUGGACGCUAGGAUUAGCUGUCUUUCUGUCAUGGUCAUUCAAUUUAUUUAUUGCGCACAACUUAAUUUUAGGUGAUAAUUAUUUUGUUAAAAUUUGAUCUCCAGCUUUUUCUUUUUCUUUAAAUCAUUUACAUUCUCUUUAUCAUGUAUCUUGUAGUUCCUUAUGAUUUUGUUUCAAGAACUGUUUUGUUUCUCUUCUCUUUUUUUUUUGUGCUUGGUUGUGAUGAAGCCUUGCAUUACUGAAUGAAAUUUCUCCUAGCAAUCGGACAGUGGUAAUUAAUUAAAUUCUGUAAAUAUGUAUUAAAAAAAGCAAUUUGAUUGUUAAUGGAAGAAAUGUAUAUAUUACAUGGAUUAUGUUUUCUCUAAAGUAUCUGUGAUGUUUCUUCUUGUGAAGAUGUUCUUAAAUUUUCCUGCAGUUCUUUGCUGUUGCAAAAUUUUUGCCCUUAGUUAAAUGGAAAAAGAAGGGCUCUAUUUAAACAGCUUCAAUCUCAAAUGUUAGGCACAACAACUUUCUGCAGUGAUAGUUGUGCAUUUGUACUGUCAGUAUUUUUUAAUGUCAUGUGAAACAUCUUUGGCAAGUGUCCUUCAGUGUGGAUUCAAGUUGUGUAAUUGUACAUAGUUCUUAAUAUCCUUGAGUGUUCGUAUUCUGCAUGCAUUGAGAUGGAAUGAGUGCCUGUUAAAAUGUAGGACGUUGGGUUUUCAUUUAUUUUGAGAAUAAUAAUAAUAAUUGUGUGUGACUCCCCGUGGUUUGUCAUUACGGGAAUGAUCUGCUUGUUUCUUGCUAACUGGAACUGUGUUUAUUUGGUUAACAUGCUUAGUGUAGCCCACUAAAAACUGCCUCAUUGAACAUGUUAACAUUGACUAUUGAAUUAUGUUUCAGUUUUUCUUUGAAUCUAGUCACUGCUCGGCAAUUAGAUUUAUGACCCUAUGAUGAUACUUUAUUUGUCUGGACUAGGUGUUAAGCUUAACUUUGUUUUUGUAACUUUAUCUGCAAGUUUCCUUGAACUUUUUUCCUCAAAGAGGUGGUUUGAUAUGGUUUUGUUGUGCCCUCUUUCUCCUCAGGACACGUACUCAGUUGCCUCCGACACCUUUCAAAUAUUCAUUUGUUAAGAAACAACAUUCCAUUGAUAAAUUUAUGUGAUCAAAAGGAUUGAGCUAUUUCAAGCCUCAAAUUCAUAUCAUGUAUUUCUUUGUCAAUCCAUCUUUUUCACAGUUUGCCUUUCCUGUGUAAAACCAAUUUUUGCUGUAGAUUCUAGCAGUGCUACAUCUUGGUAGGUACAUUUAAACUACUGAUCUGCAAAAUAUUAGCGAGUGAUACCAAUGAUCAUUUGUAGUAUGUCAUGUCUGUCUUCAUAAGCAUAAGCCUGAUACAUUACUUUUUAUUUCAUUUGGUCACAUUUCAAGAAAUGUGACAAACUAUUAACUCAUUGAUGUAAAAAGAGAUAAGUCUUAUAGAUAAUUUUAAUCCUUAAAAGAAUGACGCUGCUUUCUUUGUACAAAGUUGUAUUUAUGUUUUUUACCUUUCCUAUUUCCUAGGUAGGAAGUUCAUCAGAAGACUUUCCCCCUAUCCCCCUACCCCCUUUUCUUUGGUAUUCUGAGUAAGACUGUAUGGGUUUUAAUAAUAUAGGAACAAUUGGGAAAGGUUUAAAGAAUGCAGCAUCUCUCAUUAGUGGGAUUCGGUUGAAGCAGGAAUUGUUUUGGCACUACCAUCAUUGAUCUUGCUACCUUUUUUAAUGCUCUGCUGAAAGAUUGCUUCUUUUUUCACUAAUUGCAAACUUGCAUUAUUGUAACUUGAAAAAUGCCAUUUGCAGUGAGUCCCUGACUACAAUUUUUACAAAUACUUCAUCUGUAUGUUAUAUUCUCUUGUUCCACAUCUCUCAAAUGUGUAUUUCUCUCUCUCUUUCUUUCUUCCUUUCUGUAGAUUUCUGAGUUUCAUGAAGAAGUGCGCUGUAAUUGCACUUACCCUGAUUUGUAUCUUUUGUGCUACCCUCUUUGGUUCUUCCUGUUUUUAUUUUUGUAAUUUGAAGUAGACAUGCCGUUUUUCUCAAUACACUCAAUUCAUUUCA